GUGGUUCUGCGAUCUGUUAUGCUUUCAUUUUUUAUUUACUUGCAGGACCAAUAAGUAUUUGCAAAUAGAAAAGUAAGAUUUAAGGUCAAGAAAAAUGCUGAUGAAAUGAUUUUGGCGCAUGGUAAUAUUCUCUCGUAUCCUGAAGCGACAGCUCAACACACCGCGCGCGAGUAGGCGGGACUUCCGGUUCAGCACACCCGGAAGUCGAGGAUGCGCGUUUCAACCGCUUGACGCUUUUAUUCAUAUGCUCGCUGCGUAAACACGUUUUCAUAUAAUUUCGGUGCUUCUUUAAAAAACAACUAUUAACAACAAUGUUAUCCUUUGAUUUUCUCGACGAUGUUCGUCGGAUGAACAAGCGGCAGCUCUACUACCAGGUGCUCAACUUUGGUAUGAUAGUUUCCUCUGCUCUGAUGAUUUGGAAAGGACUCAUGGUUGUCACAGGCAGUGAGAGUCCCAUUGUCGUCGUACUCAGUGGCAGCAUGGAACCAGCUUUCCACCGAGGAGACCUCCUCUUCCUGACCAACCGGGUCGAGGACCCAAUCAGAGCUGGAGAGAUCGUCGUCUUCAGGAUAGAAGGCAGAGAGAUCCCCAUAGUACACAGAGUAGUUAAAGUUCACGAAAAGGAAAAUGGCGACAUAAAGUUUUUGACCAAAGGGGACAAUAAUGCUGUGGAUGACAGAGGUCUGUACAAGCAGGGACAACACUGGCUGGAGAAAAAGGACGUGGUGGGACGGGCUCGGGGCUUUGUGCCAUACAUCGGAAUCGUCACCAUUCUCAUGAACGAUUACCCCAAGUUCAAAUACGCCGUUCUCUUCGUGCUGGGUCUUUUUGUGUUGGUCCACCGGGAGUGACGAUGAAAACCACGUCCAGGAAACCUCAACGAGUUAACGCGCAAGUUCUGUCCAACUCGACCAGCUUUUUGUUUUUGUAUUUUCCAUUUUUUGUUUAGAACAUUUCGUAAAAAUGGGGGGAAUAAGUGGCAUAAAUACAAGCUUUACAAAUAUUUUUGUGAGGGAACAAGGCUGUUAUUUGUAUGUGUGUUCAUAAACAGCAUACAUAAAAAUGGAUGUAAGCCCCGUUUUGUUUUUUUUUUGUCCAGUCUGUCUUUGAAGAAGUAUUUUAUGAUGACUAAAUAUGAACAUUAUUAAAUAUGGAAUCUGGUUACCAUCCAUUAUGGAUUCUUUCAUGUCUUUUCCAUUUUAACAUAAAUGAACUCAUAAAGCAUUGGGACUCUACUACUACUACUAUCACAUUGUUGCUGACAGUUUCUUGAGUUAUGUAGUAGGAUUUUAUACAAAAAGAAAUGCACUUAAAUUGAAAUCAAACUGAAUUUUUGUGACACAAAUGCUUUUGAAAUUAUUGUCAAAUCAUUUUGUAGUAUUUUCAGCUUUUCUUGUGGGCCUUGUCUGUAACAGGACAGAACUUUAUGUGUUUCAUCACUUCAGUGUUCAGUAAAGUUUGUGGGGGGGUUUUUUCAUGUUAACU